AUGCAUUUCUUCAAAACUUUGCUUGCAGGCGCUGCCUUGGUUGCCUCCACCGCUGCCCAAGCCAGACUCGCAUUCACAUCUUUCCCAAGCAAUGUCCAGGUUGGAAAGCCAGUGGUGGUGACAUGGAGCGGUGGUAUCCCAACAAAGCCUGUUACCAUCACAUUACGAAAGGGCCCCAGCGAUGACCUCAAAGAUGUUGCUGUGUUGACCUCUACUGCGACUGGCGGAACUUUUACCUGGACCCCGUCCUCCUCGCUCGUCGAUGGACCUGAUUAUGCUCUUCAGAUUAGCCAGGGUUCCGAAAUCAACUAUACCAACCUUUUCCCCAUCACUGGUGGUUCCGGCACUGCGCUUCCAUCUACCACCGCCGAAACUUCGUCUCUUGCCGUAUCCACUACUGUUCGGCUCACCACUGCCGUCACCACCUCCCAUGCUAGCAGAGGCACGACCCUCAGCAUCUCCAGGAACUCGACCAUCAGCACCCCAACUCUCACCAGCACCAGAGCCGUUACCCUGACUCCAACUGCCACUCCAACCGAACCCGAGGUUAUUCCCACAGACGCCCCAAAUGCCGCCCCGGCCAUUCUGUCUAGUCCCGUCGCCCUUUUGCUUAGCGCACUUGUCGCCUUUGCAUACCUCCACUAA